GGACCCAACCAAACGGCCCAUUAGCCACAACGGCGAGUCCCGCGAGCCGCAGCGCCCUAGAAACCCCGCCGUCGACGACGACGGCAAAGAGGAGGAGGAGGAGAGAUGGGCGUGGGCGGGAGCUUUUGGGACCUCCUGAAGCCGUACGCGCGCCAGGAGGGCGCGGGGUACCUCCGCGGCCGCCGCGUCGCCGUCGACCUUUCCUUCUGGAUCGUCUCCCACACCACCGCCAUUCGGGCGCGCUCCCCGCACGCGCGGCACCCCCACCUGCGCACCACCUUCUUCCGGACGCUCUCCCUCUUCUCCAAGAUGGGAGCUUUCCCGGUAUUCGUGGUGGACGGCCAGCCGUCGCCGCUCAAGUAUCAGGCGAGGGCUGCGCGCUUCUUCCGAGGCUCUGGGAUUGACCGGUCCGCGUUGCAGAGCGAGGAUGCGGAAGGGGAGGCCAGUGUCCCGGCGCCGGUGAAAGGGAGAAAUGCUGCGUUCACGCGAUACGUAGAGGAGUGCGUGGAACUGCUUGGAUAUCUUGGAAUGCCAGUAUUGCGGGCAACUGGUGAAGCUGAAGCUCUCUGCGCUCAGUUGAAUAAUGAGGGUCAUGUAGAUGCCUGUAUUACUUCAGACAGUGAUGCAUUCCUCUUCGGUGCUAAGACCGUCAUAAAAGUGCUACGAUCGAAUUGUAAGGAACCUUUUGAGUGCUACAACAUAGCCGAUAUUGAGUCUGGCAUUGGACUGAAGAGGAAACAAAUGGUAGCCAUGGCCCUUCUUGUUGGCAGUGACCAUGAUUUGCAUGGGGUGCCUGGUUUUGGUGUUGAGACUGCCCUUCGGUUUGUGCAGCUAUUUGAGGAGGAUCAUAUUUUAGAUAAAUUAAAGGAAAUUGGUAGAGGAAUCUAUCCAUUCCUAGAAGGAUUUGACAAGGCCCAUGUUAAUGAUCUACCAUCACCAUCUGAAACGAGCCCACCAGUUGUGAGAUCACCUCACUGCUCACAUUGUGGUCACCCCGGCAGCAAGAAAAAUCAUAGCAAGACUGGGUGCAAUUAUUGCCUGGUGGAUACAUUAGAAAAUUGCGUGGAAAAACCGGCUGGUUUUGUAUGUGAAUGUCCUAGCUGUGACAAGGCACGCAGUCUGAAAGCACAGAGAAGACACGAAAAUUGGCAAAUCAAGGUCUGCAAAAGAUUAGCUGCCGAGACGAAUUUCCCAAAUGAAGAGAUAAUUAAAUUGUAUUUAUGUGAUAACAAUUUGGAUGAAGAAAAUGGUAUUCCAUUGCUCAGGUGGGAUGAGCCUAAUGUUGAGGCUUUGGUAGACUUCUUGGCUUAUAUGCAGAAAUGGGAGCCAUCUUAUAUCCGACAGCACAUGCUUCCUAUGCUAUCAACCAUAUAUUUACGUGAAGUGGCUUCAUCUCCAUGUAAAUUAUUGCUUCUGUAUGACCAGUAUGAAUUCCUUUCAAUUGAACGGAUUAAGAUACGAUAUGGACACCCUUACUACUUGGUCAAAUGGAAGAGGGCCAGUUCCAGUAUGGUUUCAAGUGGCGUAUCUGAUACGAAGCCGGAAUUAGAUGGGGACGGUCAUGCUGAGGUGGUUGUUUUGGACGACGAUGAUGACGAGGAGGCAACAGUGAUUUGUGAAUCUGCUGACUUGUUAGAUGAGCCAGACAUACCACAAGUACUCAGGGAUGAUAACCGCAUCUUUCUAUUGACCGAUGAAGAUAUUCAGCUCGUGAAUGCUGCAUUUCCUAAUGAAGCACGGCGGUUUCAGGAAGAACAGAGUCUCAGGGAAGAGAAAACAAGAUCACGGAAAUCCAAGAUGAACCUAGCAAAUAGCAUGUUCGAGACACCAAAAGGCCCAAGACCUAGCGGGGUUCAACUUAGCAUCAAGGAGUUCUACCGCUCGAAGAAAGCAGCGGGAGACGAAUCUGGGAAGAAGCUGCAUGUUGAAGGCCAGACAUCGAAGGCUGCAUCAAGAAAAUCCUCACCUGUGGACCUCGAUAAGAAGAUACCCAAGUCUAUUCGACGGCGCCUGCUUUUCGACUAAAACAAUCCACUGUUCUCCUGACAGUUUCUUCCACUGCUGUACAUGCUUCAGUGAAUGUGUUUAUGUUUCUAUUGGGCCUUGGAUGUUUCUUAUGGGCCUUGGAUGUAAAUUAUGCGGCCUUUCUCUGUAUAGUAAACAAGCAAUCUUUAUAGUGAAAAAGGGGGCAGUAUUUUGUUGAACUUGACUGUGGAAGCAAAACUUUGUAUGUGCUGUAAUUGCCACUAUGCUCAGCAUGAAUCCAUGAUAGAUGUUAGGACUU